UGUUGCGAGAUGACUUCCGUCAGAACCCGCAGGACGUGGUGGUGGCGGUUGGGGAAACUGCGAGUUUUGAGUGUCAGCCUCCGCGCGGGCAUCCUGAGCCGACCGUAUUCUGGCGAAGAGACAAAACUCAACUGGAUCUCAAGGAUGACAGGAUCAUGGUCCGAGGAGGAAAGCUGACCAUUUCAAAUACUAAGAAGAGCGAUACAGGGAUAUAUGUGUGUGUGGCCUCUAACAUGGUUGGAGAAAGGGAAAGUGAAAAAGCACAACUUUCAGUAUACGAAAGACCAGCAUUUAUGCAGCGCCCUGUGAACCAGGUGGUUCUGGUUGAUGAGAGUGUGGAGUUCAGAUGUCAGGUCCAUGGUGACCCGCCGCCUGCUCUGCGCUGGAAAAAAGAGGAUGUGGAUGUUCCUCGUGGCAGGUAUGACAUCAGAUAUGACAGAGAGGACUCCCUGCUGAGGAUAAAAAAGGCAUCUGUCAGCGAUCAAGGGACGUUUACGUGCGUAGCAGAGAACCGUGUGGGUAAAGCCGAGGCCUCGGCCUACUUGACCAUCAGAGCUCGCCCCGUUGAGGCACCUCAGUUUGUGGUGCGACCUCGGGACCAGAUUGUGGCUCAGGGACGGACGGCUACCUUUCCCUGUGUGACCAGAGGCAAACCUCAGCCAACAGUCUUCUGGCAAAGAGAAGGCAGCAAGGAUCUGCUGUUUCCCAAUCAACCAGCACAGGGGGACGACCGAGUGUCUGUGUCUGUAAAUGGAGAGCUGACCAUAUCAUCUGUGCAGCGCUCAGAUGCAGGCUACUACAUCUGCCAAGCCCUCACAGUGGCAGGCAGCAUCAUGGCCAAGGCCCAACUGGAGGUAGCAGACGCCUCCAAGGGCCGCCCACCACCCAUCAUCCGGCAGGGCCCGUCCAACCAAACGCAAGCUCUGGGAGGCGUGUCCGUCCUCCGGUGCCAGGCCUCAGGAGAUCCAGAGCCGACAGUCACCUGGAGGAAGAACGGGGCGAAUCUGCUUGGACUAGACCCACGAUUUUCCUUACUCGAGCACGGCAGCCUUCAGAUCCAGAACACAAGGCUGUCUGACUCCGGACUCUACACCUGUGUUGCCACCAGCUCCAGUGGAGAAACAUCUUGGAGUGCCUACUUGGAUGUCAAAGACUCCACUGACCUCAUGGAUUUCAUGUCGCACAACACAACCGCCCUCCCUGGGCCGCCCUCCAAGCCAGAGGUCACUGACGUUACCAAGAGCAGUAUCUCAUUGUCAUGGGAACCGGGGCCGGAGGCGGGUUCCCCAGUGUCCUCCUAUGUCAUUGAGGCUUUCGGUCAGUCUGUGAGUAACAGCUGGCAAACAGUGGCCGACCACGUGAAGACCACCGAGUUUACCGUCAAGGACCUACGACCAAACACCGUGUACCUGUUCAUCAUACGAGCUGUGAAUGCUCAAGGACUCGGGGAUCCAAGCCCAAUGUCUGAGCCCGUCCGGACGCAAGACAUUAGCCCCACAGUGCAGGGAGUAGACCAUCGUCGUGUGCAGAAGGAGCUGGGAGACGUUGUGGUCAACAUGCAUAAUCCUGUGGUCCUCAGCUCCACUUCAGUGCAGGUCACGUGGACGGUGGAAAACCCAUCCCAGUUUAUUCAAGGCUAUCGGGUUCUGUACCGACAAACCUCUGGGCUGCCCUCCCCCGGGCCCUGGCAGAUCCAGGACGUGAGGAUUGCCUCGGAGAGGGACGUCACACUCGCUGGUCUGAACAAAGGCAUCGUCUAUGAGAUCAAGGUGCGACCGUACUUCAAUGAGUUCCAGGGGGCGGACAGCGAAUCCAUGACGGCGCGCACCAUGGAAGAAGCUCCCAGUGCCCCUCCACAGCAAGUGGCGGUGUUGACGGUGGGGAGCCAUAACAGCACAUCCAUCAGCGUGUCAUGGGACCCCCCUCCCUCCGACCAGCAGAACGGCAUCAUCCAGGAGUACAAGAUCUGGUGUUUGGCCAACGAUACACGCCUUCACGUCAACAAGUCUGUGGACGCCACCAUCCGUUCAGUCGUCGUCGGGGGUCUUCAGGCUGGAGUGCAGUACCGCGUGGAGGUGGCGGCAGGCACCAGCGCUGGGGUGGGGGUCAGAAGCAAACCCCAGCUCAUCAUUUUGGGUAAUCCACUCCCACUCCCAAUCCUGGGGUCAAAUGAAAUGACCUUAUAAUAGGGGGGUACCUGG